AAUGCAAAUUCCAUACAUGAAAGUGGCGAUCUAUUCGCUUACCUUCCUAACGUACGCGUAUACCGGCUACGGUUCGAAUAUGAUAGCGAAUCUGCGCGAUGCCAUUAUAGCGGCCGAAGCCGUCUUUGGCGAUGUGAUGAAAAACGUGUUACAUGUGGCGAAGAAAUUUAAAGUCGUCCACGAAGUGUUUGAUGCGGCGGUAGAGGAGAACUGUGUGUAUAAAUGUCCUGGCGAUGUAACACCCACGCGCAAUAAGUUCUACAUACCGCAAUCGGAUGGAUGCGGAUCUCUGGGGAUGAAAAUCAGUACCGAGUACCUGCCAGCGGUAGAGAUGGAACAGUGUUGCAAUGCACAUGAUAUCUGUUACGAUACGUGCAACAGCGACAAGGAGCUGUGCGAUUUAGACUUCAAACGCUGCCUAUACCGGUACUGUGAUGACUACGAGAAGAAUGUUGUAGGCGAUAUUGUGGUCAAAGGUUGUAAGGCUGCCGCAAAGAUGCUCUUCACCGGUACGCUUACCUUGGGCUGCAAAUCAUACCUGGAUUCACAGCAACGAUGCUGCUAUUGUCCACCGGAAAGGGCAGAAGGACCUAAACCAAGUGAAGCAAAAUAUAACGAACCGAAGGGAACAAAGGACUACGGAAAGGAACGGGACAAAGGGAAGGAAAAGAACAAAUACGGCUGGAAGGAGCUGUAG